AUGUCACAGUCGUUACAGGAGCAGUAUGUAAAUCGUGGAAUCGGGCAUGCAAUAUGCCGGCUGAUUGCAGAGAAUGGCCCGUCCGGAAUAGUCUAUGCCUCCUCACGAGCAGGCGUGGACUUGGCCCUUCAUAGUACUCGAGGAGUCUAUUUUCGAUAUGCCAUACUCGACCUGACCAACCCAUCAAGCAUCGAGCAUCUUGCAUGGAUCAUAAAGGAUGAGCAGGGAGACAUGGAUGUCUUGUUCAAUGUUGCUGGCCUGAACAUCAUGAAGCCCCGGACAGGGUCGAGAGCAUUUGCUGACAAUAAAAAGAUCAUGGAUGUCAACUUCCAUGGCACGCUCCAGAUGUGUCUGGCCUUUCUGCCAAUCAUGAAGCCUGGCAGUCGCAUUCAAUCCGCAAAAGGUAGUCGAGCUGCGCAAGAUGGAUGGCCUGAGAGCGGCUAUUCAGUCAGCAAGGCUUGCAUCAACGCCAUGACCGCCAUCAUGGCCAGAGAACAUGCUGAUAUCCUGGUGAAUGCCUGCUGCCCUGGCUGGGUGUCCACUGAAAUGGGAAAGCAAGUUGGGGCACAACCGCCCAAGUCAGCGAUUGAAGGAGCAAGCAUUCCGCUGCGUUUGGGUUUCGAAGACAUUGGCCAUGUCAGGGGCAGAUAUUGGGCCAAUGACUUUGUUGGAGACACGGACAACGGCCGAGUGCAGAAUUGGUAG